UCCGAAACCAUGGAAUCAGGCAUUGAAACCCUAUUCAGCAAGCAACCGAUCGUCAUUGACAAUGGGUCUGGCAUCAUGAAGGCAGGAUUCUCUGGCGAUGAAAGACCAAAGAUGGUCUUCAAUAAUUAUGUCGGAAGGACUAAAUAUAGCAAACAGAUGCUGACCACUAACGACCUGGAUCUGUACUUAGGCCCAGAAUGAGAGAAGCAUAAGGGGCUAUAUAAAUUGAGCUACCCAAUGACCCAUGGAAACGUGACUAAUUGGGACGACAUGGAGAAAAUAUGGGGGUAUAUAUUCAAGGAGAUGAAGGUGUCAGCAAGUCAACACCCUGUAUUACUGUCAGAACCUAUUGAGAAUCCAAUGAUUAAUAGAGAGAAAACAGCUGAAGCUUUCUUUGAAGGGAUGGGAGCACCGGCUCUAUACUUUCAGACACAGCCAGUUUUGUCUCUAUAUGCUCAAGGAAAGACAACAGGAUUUGUUUUAGAUUGUGGUGAUGGAGUCACCCAGUGUGUACCGAUAGUCGAAGGAUUUGCAAUUACUGGAGCAUAUAGCAGAAUUGACCUUGGAGGCAGAGAUAUUACCGAAUACUUCAUGCUUCUGUUGAAAAGAGCUGGAUAUAACUUCCAUACUUCUGCAGAGUUUCAAAUUGUGAGACAAAUCAAAGAAAAGAUAUGAACUGCCACCACUAGUCCUUUCAGAGAAGAUGAAUAUAAGGAUCAUCUAAAAGGUACAAAUAUUGAGUAUUUCUUACCAGAUGGAAGUAUCCUCAAUCUUAAAAAUGAGCAUAUGGAAGCUCCUGAGAUUCUCUUCACUCCUCAGAAAAUUGGUCUUGAGUAUCCAGGAAUUCCAGAAAUGCUAAUUAAUUGUGUGAUGAAAUGCGAUAUUGAUCUGAGGAAUACUAUUUUCAGCAAUUUGAUUGUCUCAGGAGGUACAUCAGCAUUGAAAAAGUUUGCUGAAAGAUUACAUAAAUCAAUCACAAAGCUCUCUCCCAAAGACGUCAAGAUCAAACUUGUUGCUCCAAAGAAUAGGGACAUCUCAACCUGGGUUGGAGGUUCAACCUUGUCAUCUCUCAAAGCAUUCAACGAUCUGUGGGUCACCAAGGAAGAAUACAAAGAAAAAGGGGCAAAUGUGUUCAGAGAAUAUAUGUAACUCCAGAAAAGUCAUAAGCCAAAGCACUAACCAUUUAGAAAAAU